GCACGACAACAACUGCUAACGCCAUAUUGAUUAUUUAUUGUAGCAACGGAGAUCAAUAUGGCGUCUAGUUAGCUUAGCUAGUUCAAUGCAGGCAAAGUAUACCUAUUUUAUAUUAUUUGUGAUUGUCUCAAAUAGUUCUAUACGUGAAAAUGAGCUGCAUGUUUAAGGGCGUUAUCUGUGACAAAGCGUUUGGGGAUUAUUACAUAUUAGGCAAGGAGCUUGGAAGGGGAGCUUUUGCCAGUGUAUACAAAUGUCAACAAAAGGGGACGAGUAAUUUCUGGUCAGUCAAGCUGCUGAACAAAAAAAAAUACCGAAAGGUGGCUGCCACUGAAAUAGGCAUUCUUUUAAAACUGAAACACCCGAAUGUAGUUCGUUUGAAAGAAGUGUUCGAAUCGGCUGAGGAAGUGCACAUGGUUUUAGAACUGGUAACAGGUGGGGAGCUGUUCGAAAGGAUUAUCACUCGAGGACAUUAUUCAGAGAAAGAUGCUGCCUGUGCUGUCAAGGAUAUGGUCACGGCUGUAGCUUAUUUACAUAGAAAUGGAGUGGUGCAUAGAGAUCUGAAGCCCGAGAAUAUGCUUUACGAAGAUUUAUCAGAACAUGCGAGAUUAAAAAUAACCGAUUUCGGUCUUUCAAAAAUUCUAGGAACCGACGCUACUAUGCAUACUGUAUGUGGGACACCCACCUAUUGUGCUCCGGAAAUCUUCUUGGGUAAAAAAUAUACCCAAUCGGUAGACAUGUGGAGUCUUGGUGUUGUAACUUAUAUUCUCCUGUCAGGAUAUGAACCAUUUAUUGCUUCUACUGAUCGGGAAAUGUUCAAAAAAAUUAUCAAAUGUGAUUACGAAUUUGACUCACCAUAUUGGGACGCAAUCAGUGAAAAUGCUAAAGAUUUGAUCAGGAAAAUGUUGAUGCUCGAACCAAAUAAAAGAAUAACAGCUGAACAUGCUCUGAAGCAUCCUUGGGUUAUGGGCUUGGCAACCAAAAAUGUUCAUAUGGAAGAAGCAGUAGUACAAAUAAAGACAUUUAAUGCAAAACGGAAACUAAAGAAGGCCACUGAAGCUGUUUUGGCUGUUGCUAGAGCAACCCACCACCUCCCUCUGGACAUGGUACAAAUGGUAAAUAUUGGUGACUCCACAACACCAAACACUAACACAAAUAUAACCGGAGGCAAUGAAAAAAUGACCUAACAAAAGCUCACUAAUAAGUUACAAAUAUUGAUUUUUGUUUUUGUUUUUGUUUUGACUAAAAAUAAAUAUUACAUUUUAAAAACUAAUUGUCAAGUUAUUGUCCAGCAUUUGCAAAGUUGUAUACAUGAUUUUAACUAUAUUCGUAAUAUACAAUAUAAUAUAAAGGUA